CGUAACGUCACGUCAAAAAAGUGCAACACACGAAUUUCUACCACGUUUACUAUGUAAAGAUAAUGUAGGUAUAGUUUAUUAAAACAAGGCCUUUAGGAUAUAAUUAUAUUUAAUGUCAGUGUAUAAGCUGGAUGCUUGUUAUUGGUGGUGUAAUCAUUGGACCAAGAGUUAUUGAGACAAUUAAGGCAUAGCAAAGAACGUGUAAAAUGACGAUUGCCACUAGGGGCCAGGGAGUUGGCAUAGACCCUCCCGACAGCCAGCAAAAUACACAGAUGCACAGUCCACCAGGUCCACAGCAAUUGGCUGAAACAAUGUCGGGACUCCAACUCACCGAGAAUGUGGUACAAACGGAAUGCAACAAUGAUGCUAUCACUACAGUAGAAGAUAGCAACCAGCUUCAUGAAGAACCUGAGUUUCCUAUUUUCAAACUUAAUAUGCUUCAUGAAAAGAUUUCUAGUCCACGAUGGGUUGUACCAGUUUUGCCCGAACAAGAAUUAGAGUGCCUGUUACAAGCCAGUAUCGAACUUUGUAAAAAAGGAAUUGAUGUACAAAGUGAAGCGUGUCAGCGCUUUUUUCGAGAAGGUCUCACAAUCUCAUUUACCAAGAUAUUAACAGAUGAUGCGGUGAACAGUUGGAAAUUGAAUAUUCAUAAUUGUAUCAAUACUAAUUGUGCACGUUUGGUGGAACUGUGUGUCCUAAAAUUAGAUGAGGACUGGUUUCCCCUACUUGAUUUAUUGGCCAUGGUUUUUAAUCCUAGUAAUAAAUUUCACACAGUAAAUGCAAUAAGAGUUUCAGAAACCGUUCCUCCCGGUAGUGAUAUCCCUGACGAGGAACUUUAUGCUCGCCCACCAUCUGACUCACGAGCUCCUCGUGGUUGGCUAGUAGAUCUUAUAAACAGAUUUGGGAGUCUCAAUGGAUUUGAAAUUUUGCUUUCGAGAUUUCAGAGUGGACGUAAUUUAACAGUGCCAGUUAUUUAUGCUUUAAUCAGACCGUUUGGCUUAUGUUAUGAACUGUUAACUGUUCACACAAUAGUUAAAUAUCUGAUGCCUAUUGUUGAAAUGGUACCUCUUAUUUUGAAUAAUUUAACCGAUGAUGAGUUGAAGAAAGAGGCAAAAAAUGAAUCAAAAAACGAUGCAAUAUCAGCCAUAAUCAAAGCUGCUAAAUGCUUGGUGUCGCGCGUGCCUCAUCAGGAAGAAAUGAUAAAGAACUUGGAAAUAUUGAGACUGAAAAUGAUAUUGAGACUCUUACAAAUUUCUUCGUUUAAUGGAAAGAUGAAUGCUUUAAAUGAAGUUAAUAAAGUAAUAUCUAGUGUUAGUUAUCAUCAACACCGCAACACAAUAGCAGAGGAAGAGGAGUGGCUUACAGCAGAGCGUAUGGCAAAAUGGAUUAAAGACAAUGGAGUAUUGGAAAUCGUAUUGAGGGAUUCAUUGCAUCAGCCGCAAUAUGUAGAGAAACUGGAAAAAAUUUUACGCUUUAUUAUAAAAGAACGUGCACUUACAUUAGAGGAUUUAGACGCUGUUUGGGCUGCACAAGCUGGUAAACACGAAGCAAUUGUGAAGAAUGUUCAUGACUUGUUAGCCAAAUUAGCUUGGGAUUUUAGUCCUGAACAACUUGAUCAUCUAUUUGAGUGUUUUCAGACAAGUUGGAGAACUGCCAACAAAAAACAACGGGAAAAACUAUUAGAAUUGAUCAGGAGACUCGCGGAAGAUGAUAAAGAUGGUGUUAUGGCACAUAAGGUGUUAACACUUUUUUGGACUUUGGCACAUUCUGAUGAAGUCCCUACAGAGAUCAUGGAUCAGGCACUGAACGCUCAUGUAAAAAUUCUCGAUUAUUCAUGCUCGCAAGAGAGAGAUGCGCAAAAGGCAAUCUGGGUGGACAAGUGUGUUGAAGAAUUGAAAAAUGGUGAUAAAUGGGCUCUUCCUGCAUUGAAACAAAUUCGGGAAAUAUGUUGCCUUUAUGAACCAAAUCCCAACUUAGGUCAUAGUCAGCGUAGCCAUCAUAUGCAUUACAGACAAGAAGUAAUAGAACGUCUACAAAACGAACAUUCGGUAGUAAUUCUUGUAACAAAUAGCUUAACAAAUUAUAUGGAUAAAGUGCGGCAGUUGGUGAAAGAAAAUCCUGAAAUCGAUGCAAAUACUUUUAUGCCUGACGGUCGAUAUAAUCAUAUUAUGCAAGUGCAAGAAAGAUUAAAUUUCUUGCGUUUCUUAUUAAAGGAUGGACAAUUAUGGCUAUGUGCUGAUCAAGCAGAACAAAUUUGGCAAUGUUUAGCUGAGCAAGGUGUAUUUGUUUCGGAUCGUGAAGCAUGCUUUAAAUGGUUUUCCAAACUUAUGGGAGACGAACCGGAUCUGGAUCCAGCAAUAAACAAGGAUUUUUUUCAAAACAAUAUACUGCAAUUAGAUCCGACAUUGCUUACAGAAAGCGGUAUUAAAUGUUAUGAAAGAUUUUUUAAAGCUGUUAAUUCUAAGGAAGGAAAAUUGAAACUGAAACGUAGAACAUUUCUUAUGGAUGAUGUGGAUUUAAUUGGAACUGAUUAUUUGUGGAGAGUAGUAACAAACAGCCCAGAAGAAAUUGCAAACAGAGGCAUAGAACUCUUAAAAGAAGUGAACACUAAUUUAGGACCGCGGUUGCAGUCGUCUGUUUUGGCAUUUCAUGAAACAUAUAUAGCGGAAUGUAUGGACAGAUUGAAAGCUCAUUAUGAUACUGUGACUGUUUUAAGCAGAGUAUAUCUAGACGGAAAGGAGGAGCGCGAAGAACAAAUGACAAACAAGAUUAAAAUGGAAGCCAUAAAAAUGUGUCGUGUUAUGAAAGUCUUACAGGAAUACAUAAAUGAGUGCGAUACAGCUUUUCCAGGAGAACGGAAAAUAUUACCGUUGCAUAGAGCAGCUCGUGGCAAGCAUCUGUCACUUGUUAUUCGUUUUGCGAGUCCUGGUCGAAACGUUGACGACAUAGAUAUCUUUACCCACAGUAAUGACACUUUAGCUUCAUUGAGACGUCAAAUAUUACGCAGGAUUAAAGCAAGCGGGACAAAUGUGAAACUCGAUUUAUUUAUUAAUGGAGAAUCGCUAGAACAAUCCGAUGAUAGAAAACUCCUUUCUCAGAUUCCUCUGAGAGACAAAAUGUUAUUAUCUGCAAAGCUCAGUCAAGUAAAUAGCAAUAUGCCAAGCUCACCGGAUAGUAGCUCUGAUAGCUCUACUAGUUCUCCGCAUCAUCCGUACGACGGGCCGAAUGUAGAGGCAGAGAAUAGUUUACCUGGUGUGGUAAUGUCGCAAAGAUCUCAAUAUGCGACAUUUUUCUUUCAAUUAGCAGAUCUUGGCUGUACUCUUCAGCAUUCACAAUUGCGUGAUGGUGCACGAAAUCUUUUACAAUUAGUGCCGCCAGAUACCUUUACUGUAACAAGAUUACAGUGGCUAUUUGGUCAUUACAAAGACGACGAAGCUUUACAGAACCCUUCUCAUUGUAACGAGCAGAAUACGACAGUAGAUUCUCUAUUUUUUACUGCAAGUCCUAGCCAAGUUUUAUACAAUUUAGAGGUGUUGUACACUUUGUUGAUGCCAGCUCUUGAUCCUAUGUCAGAGAGAGCAUUUGAAUUUCAAUAUAAUUUCAUAAAAAGCGGCGAAGCGGGUGUUAUUCUCGAUAUGCUAACCAAAAAUAAGUUUUUACCAAAUGCAGAUGAAACCACGAAGCGGUCUGCAUAUCUAACUGUGUUGAGAUUGUGCAAACUUCUUCUUACAGUGAUGGGUAAUGUGAUGGCAUGCGUGAUGGAUGAAGUUCAACAAACUGGAACUUCGGAGAAUCACGACAAUCACGUUAACAACCGCGGUCGAGUGACUGUAUUGAAACAGGCCCUUCAAAGUGUACCGAAUCAAAGUACCGAAUACAUGUUAAGAAGUGUGGCAGCCAAACUAGCACAGCAUCUGGCGCAUCGAAUGCUAUCCGGCGGGCCCGAGGCUGAUCGAUGUCGACAGCUUUUUGUACAGGCUCUUUCAUGGGAAUUACCGGAUGUGGCUACUAUACGUGCCAUAAUUAGACUAGCGUGGGCCGCAUCCACGGGUAACUUGAACAACAUUAAUGCAUCGAACGAGGUACUUCACUCGAUGCACGAGACUAACCAAAAAGAACAGAGAAAUCCUGAUAAUAACGACGUCCUUGUGUGCAAGGAAGCACUCGAGGUAUUGACAAUCGCUCUCGUAUUGAAUCCAUCGGCAUUAGAAACAUUGUCGAGAGACAAAAUAUGGCAUACCUUCUUGAUAGACCUCGUGCUACUUAGUACGUCGAGAGCCAUUAGAAUCGCUGCCGGCGAACAAUUUUUUCUCAUAUCGACAUGGUGCAGUGGUGGACACCAAACGCUACUGGUCACCGUAACUCUUCUUUUCACCGUUUUAAACAGUACCGUUAUGGAAAAUGCGAAACAGAGUCAUGAGUACUUUCAGCUUUUGUGCCGAUUGUUAAACUUCGCGCAUAUGUCAGGUUGCCCUCUCACGACCGCAGAGACACUAUUAAACGUCGAAAUAGCCUGGUUGAAGAAAGUUCGCGAUAACGUGAAGGAAACCGGAGAGAGUCAAGUGGAUGAAGCCUUGCUCGAGGGUCACCUUGGUCUAACGAAGGAACUGUUAGCCUUCCUGCCACCGAAUCAGAAAUAUGAGAUUGGUUCUGACGAGAAGCACGGAGUUAAUUUGAUUAAGGAACUGGUCGAGGAUUUUGUGUUCCCCGCAUCUCGCCUCAUGCUGCAACUUCGUAGUACCGGCGAACUCAGCGCUUCACAAGCGUGUCCAGUUUGCACUACCCCUCAAUCAACCAGCGCUGCGUUCGACUUGCUCGUAGGUCUUUGCAUAGGCUGUGUACCCAACAUGAAACUUCUAGUCACAAUGCUCACCGACAUGUUUUACUCCGAGAAGGACGAACCAUUAGUGGAGUGGGAUUAUUUACCGCCCGUGGGGCUUAGGCCACUUAAAGGCUUCGUAGGCUUGAAGAAUGCAGGAGCAACCUGUUAUAUGAAUUCAGUAUUACAGCAAUUGUACAUGGUGGAAAGCAUUAGAGUUGGACUUUUGGCAGCAGAAGGCGCGGCGACUGAUUUGAACGAGGAUUUUUCGGGCGAGGAGAGAAUCGAAGGGGAGCAGACAAUCGAAACAAAUGAUAAUGAUACGAACGAAGAAAAAUGCGGUGCCGAUGAAUCCAGGAAGGAAUAUAAUAUUGGUAUUUUGAAACAAGUGCAAGCAAUAUUUGGUCAUCUGGCUUAUAGUAAACUACAAUAUUACAUACCUAGAGGACUAUGGAAGCAUUUCAAGCUUCAAGGAGAACCUGUAAAUCUUAGAGAACAACAGGAUGCAGUAGAAUUCUUCAUGAGUUUGGUAGAGAGCCUAGACGAGGCAUUGAAAGCUUUGGGACACGAGCAGAUAAUGGGCAAGAUUCUUGGUGGCUCAUACAGCGACCAAAAAAUCUGCAAAGGUUGCCCUCAUAGAUAUUCCAAAGAGGAGCCAUUCAGCGUGAUAAGUGUUGACAUACGGAAUCACAGUAAUUUAUUGGAUUCUCUUGAGCAAUACGUAAAGGGAGAACUGCUGGAGGGUGCAGACGCCUACCAUUGUGAUAAGUGCAACAAAAAGGUUGUAACAGUAAAGAGAUUGUGUGUGAAAAAGCUGCCGCCUAUUUUAGCAAUUCAGUUGAAAAGAUUUGAAUAUGACUUUGAGCGUGUAUGUGCUAUAAAAUUCAACGAUUACUUUGAGUUUCCACGAGAUCUGGACAUGGAACCUUAUACUGUCUCCGGUUUAGCUAAAUUGGAAGGAGAAGUCAUAGACUGUGAUUAUGAGGAAUCUGUAAAGGGAACGUGCACGAAGUAUCAAUUAACUGGUAUCGUCGUUCAUAGUGGUCAGGCUAGUGGUGGCCAUUAUUAUUCUUACAUCUUGCACAGACUGAACGAUGGUACAGCAAAGUGGUACAAGUUUGAUGAUGGUGAUGUAACAGAAUGCAAAAUGGAAGAGGAGGAAGAGAUGAAAUCUCAAUGCUUUGGUGGUGAUUAUUUAGGAGAGGUAUUCGAUCAUAUGCUCAAGCGGAUGAGUUACCGCAAACAGAAACGAUGGUGGAAUGCGUAUAUGUUAUUUUAUACAAGACUAGAUGUAGAAGAAAAUUCUCUAAUGAAAAGUGUAAAUGAAUUGUCAUUGUAUACGAAACUAGGAGUUAUGAAAAUGCCACCAGCGAUAGAAUACAGUGUACGAAAGCAAAAUAUAAAAUUUAUGCACAACCGAAAUCAAUUUAGUGCUGAAUACUUCCAGUUCAUCAAGAAAUUGGUGUCCUGCAAUCCUCAUAAUAUUAAUCGGCAAAAUCUGAAUGAGAAACUUAGCCCUGAAGCGGAAGAACUUGCAAUGCUAUCUCUUCAGUUAGCAUCAAGAUUCCUUUUCUAUACAGGUUUCCACACUAAGAAAACGUUACGUGGUACGGCAACAGAUUGGUAUGACAUCGUAUGUCAUCAUUUGCGUAGCAGUAAAGCAGUGCGCUCUUGGUUUGCUAAUGAAGUACUGUUCAAUCAUCCACAUAGAUUUUGCGAAUACCUCUUGAGUUGUCCUAGUACGGAGGUGCGCACUGCUUUCCUCAAAAUUUUGGUAUUCCUCGCACAUGUUUCUCUGCAAGAUGGUCCAUGUGCUCCGCCCAGUUUAAAUGCACCGACUAUACUUUUAGAUCCAGUAGCAACGCUCAGUGAUCACUUGUUACAUGCGGUACUGUCGCUGCUGCACCGUGAAAUUUCGGAUCAUGGGCGUCAUCUUCCUCAUUAUUUUUCUCUCUUUCAUGCGUAUGCUUCGCUUGGUCUUGCCGAAAAGGCACAACUGCUUAAGCUAAAUGUACCGGUUACGUUUAUGUUAGUCGCCAUCGAUGAAGGCCCAGGUCCUACUAUAAAAUAUCAAUAUCCGGAAUUGACUAAACUUCACCAGGUAGUUAGCAUGCUAAUACGAUGUUGUGAUGUAUCGUCGAAAGUACACUCGAGUCAGCAGCCUCGUGCAGAACCUUUACCAAAUCCAUAUGGCGAUCCCGCGUGUCAAUCGGAGUAUCUUAUGCCUAUCCAAUCACAAGCAGCUGACAUAUUGUUUAUUCGUACCAGUUACAUUAAGAAAUUGAUUGAGGACGCUAAUGUGACUGAAGAUACGGUUAAAUUAUUGCAAUAUUGUUGUUGGGAGAAUCCACACUUGUCGCGAACAGUCCUUAGUGAGCUAUUAUGGCAGAUAGGAUUCGCUUAUACUCACGAGUUAAGGCAUCACACAGAUCUGCUGCUUGCGAUACUAUUGAUGGAGGAUUCAUGGCAAACACAUCGCGUACACAAUGCACUUAAGGGAGUUCCCGACGAACGAGAAGGUUUAUUUGAAACGAUACAAAGAAGUAAAAAUCAUUAUCAAAAAAGGGCUUACCAGUGUAUUAAAUGUAUGGUGCACCUCUUUAGUAAAUGCAGACCAGCGCAUCAACUUUUACAUCAUAGUCCAGAGUUAAAAAGAAAAUGGAGUCACGCCAUUGAUUGGCUCCACGACGAACUUGACAAAAGACCAUAUGCUUCUACGGCACCAUACACACACGCGUACAACAACUGGUCGCCACCAACACAGUCCAAUGAUUCUGCAAAUGGCUAUGUUUUGGAACGUAGUAAUAGUGCAAGAAAGACGUUGGAGCGAGCGUGCGAACUGUGUCCCGAUGAAGAACCUGAAGUUGAAGAUACAAGCGAAGAUUGUGCGGAAGAAGCAGAAAAAUAUCAACAUACAUAUAAAUAUCAAUCUAUUAAUCCAACCAAAUCAUAUCAAGUCCGAAGUACUAAGAGACGCAAUAACAGAAGCUUAGCAUGGGCAUCUAUGGAGUAUCAUCCCGACUUUGCCGUGAUCCAACAAAUGCAAGAAGAACAACAGCCUCAACCAGGACCUUCUCCAGUACAUACACCCCACUUAGCGCUUCAAAUGCAUAAUCCGCAAAACUGUGAGUCGUCACAAAAUACCAGCCAGGAUCCAUAAUGAACGCUGAAUACUGACGUUUUACCAAGUUGCUGCCUCAGUGAAACAAUUUCGGGAUACUUAGAUAUUACUGCGCCAGCAGCUUGGUGGCGAGCGAUAGCAGCACAUGUACAGAUAUAACAAGUGAGGAUUUGUUUUUUUAGUGAUCAUUCUUUAACGAACUCAUGCUAAUCUCUUAGUUUCACUGUGGGUAGUUACUUUGAUAAUAUGACGCGCUAUGAAUGUUCGAACUGUAAUGAUGAAGUGGAAAACGAUUCUGAAUGAAAAGUGAAUUAACGCAUGCUGGUUGAGGCAAUCAAUUCUCAACGAUAGUUUCUUUCUCCUUAAUCUCGACCAUGUCUGUAUCUCCCCACGACCAUUUGGCUUCCAAUUCUAGAAAUGAUAAUUUGACAAAAAAAGUACCCCAUCUCUUCUCAAGCAAUUGAUAAAGCUGAUAGUACAGCUAGAAGUUUCAUUUGCCUCGAUUAAUGCAUGUGGAUUCAAGCUUAGGAAUAUCGUAAGAUUGUAUAAAUGUAUAGCGAGUAGUAUGUUACGAAAUCCCGUUCUCUGCCGAUUAGAAGACAAAAUAUAAACCAUAAUUUUCCGUAUGCCUAUGUAAAUUUGUUACUAAUAAAAAAAAA